AUUAAGCAUUUAUUGUCAUGGAAAGUGUAUUUAAAUUUUUAGGUGAAUUUGACUUUUUUUCGUAUAAGUACUAUAAAUAAUAAAAUAUCCUCGAGAGAUGGAAUUUUUCAUUGAAAAUUGAGAAUUCAGUUUCAAUGUCGAAUAAUUCCUUUCUUUAGGAAAUAAUAUAUUCUCCUUUAAGGAUUUUGUAUGUAAGGACUUUGUAAAUUAAUAAUAGGUAUAUAUAUUUGAGAAGAUCAUUGGAAAAAAAAUUCAUGAAAUAAAAUUGUUUCUUUAUUUAAUUUGAAAAUGGAAAUUGUUAUUGAAAAACAAGUGAAUAACUAUUAAAUAAGAACGAUUUGAUUUUGUUUCAAUCUGUCUAAUUUGGCAUCAUUUUAAUUUUUACGUGAAGCUCCGACACAUCGCUUUUAAUAUUAAACAUGUUUUUCUACUUAAUUGCAAUUGCGGCUGCUUUAUUCACUAUUUUUGGACUUUCCAGUUCGCGGAACUCGCUCCGCAACUUUUCAAGCAGAAGAUUAAAUCACAUAAUACAAGAAAUAUUCGGAAUAUUUUCAUCUCGUGAUGAAUACGUCGAUCAUCAUCGAAUUCUGGACGAAAUUGGAAGAGCCGAUGAAGAAUUGCUAAAAACAGACGGUGUUAUUGUCGAAAGAAGAACGGAAAUUUGUCAAAAUAUGGAAAAUUCAUCGGAAGAAAAACCUGCAAUACAAACGGAAUCUAAUGAAAGUUUUACUUUCGAUUACAGAAGAAGAAGACACGAUUCUUCGCGAGCAGUUGCUGAGGAAAGAUCAUCUUCUUUCGAAAGGGAAAGAAAUAAUGUUCUUGUUCCACAAGACAUGUGGAAUAUUUUGAAGAAAACGGCAGUUCCUGCAUCGGAGAGAAAGAAAGCUGAGUCCUUGUUUGAAGCACUUCUUCAAGAGACACUUAGAGAGAGUCAAAAAUUGAGAGACGAUAAUGUUGAGAAUGGAACUUUUAGUAACAAAACUCAAAUAAUUGGUGAAGCUACUUUCGAAAAAAUGAUGGAAGAACAAGCUCAAAAUGAAGGCAGAAAGGAUCAUCUCCAAAUGGAAUAAUUUUAUACAAAAAUAUAUUUUUAUAUAAUCAAUAUGCAAAAAUAAAGAUAAUUAUCA